AGUUGUUCAUGGGAGUAAUUGCUAUCCUAUGGAGGAUUUGGCGGUCCCGGAAUUGGGUGGUUUUUGAAGGAAAGCAGUUUAGUAUCCUUGCUCUGAUGAGGCAGUAUCACCAGCAGGUAGGGGAAUGGUUGAGCUUACCUAACGAUCCCCGGCUUCCCUCGCUGUCUCCUCCUAGUACUAGUGCAACGGGGUUAGGUGCAGCAGGAGGGCCUGUGUGUCGGUGGGAUGGAGCAGUCCGGUUAGGGUCGCACUCUGCAGGAGGUUUUGUGCUUCUUAAUGAGGCAGGGGCGAUCAUUUGGGCGGCUGGCGUUCAGUUCCCUCUGCUGGAGGACCCAAUGGUGGCGGAAAUACUUACCCUCCGCGAAGCAAUCCGAUGGUGUAUAGGCGGGGUUUUGUGUCUAUGCGAUUUGAAGGGGACGCCAAAGUGAUAAUUGAGAAGCUGGACCAGGGUGAUGUGCGGGAUAGUCGGGUUGGGGCUAUCUUAGAAGAGCUUCUUCAGCUGUUUACAUUUUAUCCGGGCUUCACUGUACGAUUUGUAGGUCGGGGUAGCAAUAGGGUAGCUCAUGUUGUAGCUAGACAGGCCCUGUCUUUGUCCCCAACUACAUGUCGUUAUUUUGACUUUCAGGCCUGGCUGCAUUCCAGGAUGUAACUAUCGAUUUGUUUCUAUCAAUACAAGAUAUCUUUUGUC